UGGAGUGUCUGCCAGCCUUUGCUGGAGCCGAGAUGCAGCCGCCGCCCCGAAAAGUGAAGCCAGCCCAGGAGGUGAAACUUCGCUUUUUGGAGCAGCUGAGCAUCCUUCAGACCCAGCAACAGAGGGAGGCGGAUCUGCUGGAGGACAUCAGAUCCUACAGCAAGCAGAGGGCAGCCAUUGAACGGGAGUAUGGCCAGGCACUCCAGAAGCUGGCCGGGCCAUUCCUGAAGAGGGAAGGGCAGCGGAGUGGGGAGGUAGACAGCAGGGGCAGGACAGUGUUCGGUGCCUGGCGCUGCCUUCUGGAUGCCACCGUGGCUGGAGGCCAAACCCGACUUCAGGCGUCUGACCGAUACCGUGACCUAGCAGGGGGCACUGGGAGGAGUGCCAAGGAACAGGUGCUUAGAAAGGGGACAGAGAGCCUCCAGCGGGCACAGGCCGAGGUGCUACAGUCUGUCAGGGAGCUGAGCAGAAGUCGGAAGCUCUAUGGGCAGCGAGAGCGUGUGUGGGCCUUGGCACAGGAGAAGGCAGCUGAUGUCCAGGCCAGGCUGAACCGAAGUGACCAUGGGAUCUUCCACUCUCGAACUAGCCUCCAAAAGCUGAGCACCAAGCUGUCCGCCCAGUCAGCUCAGUAUUCCCAGCAGCUGAGAGCAGCCCGCAAUGAGUACCUGCUAAAUUUGGUGGCCGCCAAUGCUCACCUUGCCCACUACUACCAAGAGGAACUGCCAGCACUGCUCAAGGUCCUGGUAAGCGAGCUGUCAGAAUACUUGAGGGACCCCCUGACUUUAUUAGGCCACACGGAGUUGGAAGCUGCAGAGAUGGUCCUGGAACACGCCCGCCAUGGGAUGAAGGCGACUUCCCAGGUAAACUGGGAACAAGAUGUGAAGCUGUUUCUUCAGGGGCCUGGAGUCUUUUCCCCCACCCCACCUCAGCAGUUCCAGCCAGCAGGGGCUGAUCAGGUGUGUGCCCUGGAGCGGGGAGCAGGAGGCAUGGCUGGAGAGAGUGGCCUGGAGAAAGAGGUUCAGCGCUGGACGAGCAGGGCUGCGCGGGACUACAAGAUCCAGCAUCACGGGCAUCGGGUCCUACAGCGACUGGAGCAGAGGCGUCAGCAGGUCUCAGAGCGAGAAGCUCCAGGGCUAGACCAGCGGCUACAGGAAGUGAGGGAGAAUAUCCGAAGGGCGCAGGUGAGCCAGGUGAAAGGCGCUGCCCGGCUGGCCCUGCUGCAGGAGGCUGGCCUAGAUGUGCAGCACUGGCUGAAGCCAGCCAUGACCCAAGCCCAGGAUGAGGUGGAGCAGGAGCGCCGGCUUAGUGAAGCUCGGCUGUCCCAGAAGGACCUCUCUCCUACGGCUGAGGACACUGAGCUUUCUGACUUUGAUGAAUGUGAGGAGGCUGGGGAGCUCUUUGAGGAGCCUGCCCCGCAAGCCCUGGCUACCAGACCUCUCCCCUGCCCUGCACAUGUAGUGUUCGGCUACCAGGCAGGACAUGAGGAUGAGCUGACUAUCACAGAGGGUGAGUGGCUGGAGGUCAUAGAAGAAGGAGAUGCUGAUGAAUGGGUUAAGGCUCGGAACCAGCAUGGAGAAGCAGGCUUCGUCCCUGAACGGUAUCUCAACUUCCCGGAUCUCUCCCUCCCUGAGAGCAGCCACAGCCGAGACAAUCCCUCAGGAGGGGAGCCCACAGCAUUUUUGGCACGCGCGCUGUACAGCUACACUGGACAGAGUGAAGAGGAGCUAAGUUUUCCUGAAGGGGCACUCAUCCGCCUGCUGCCCAGGGCUCAAGAUGGCGUGGAUGAUGGCUUCUGGAGGGGAGAAUUUGGGGGCCAUGUUGGAGUCUUUCCGUCCUUGCUAGUAGAGGAACUGCUUGGCCCCCCAGGACCAUCUGAACUCUCUGAGCCUGAACAGACGCUGCCAUCCCCUUCUCCUCCCAGCUUCUCCCCUCCUGCACCCACCUGUGCCUUGGACGGACCCCCUGCACCUGCUCUGCCUGCAGACAAAGUCCUAGACUGCCCUGGACCCCUGGACAUGUUGGUGCCUCGACUCAGGCCGAUGCGCCCACCACCUCCCCCACCAGCCAAAGCCCCAGAUCCUGGCCAUCCAGAUCCCCUCACCUGAAGGCCUUGGGGGUCAGUGCCCCCACGAUGCUGCUGCCCCUAUCUUUCUGCUGACAGAAACCACCCCUUCAAUGACCUGGAGCGACAUAGGCAAAGCUGCAAUCUUCCCCCACGUCCACCCUCACCUCCAGGGUUAGAAACCCUGUUCCUGUUUGUGGGAUUGAACCCACACCUUCCCCCUAUUGUUUUCCUGUCAUCUCUGGGCUGGAACUACCCUUUUGACUUUCUGCCAUCUCCCCAUAUCUAGGGUGGUAAGGUAUCCCAAAAUCUCUGGGGCUGGAACCCAUCCCCCAAAGCCUUGCAUGGCUCUGGCUCAUCUGUGUCUUCACCCUGCCUCUGUGGCCAACCCCACCCUGAAUGCCAGGGUCACUAGGCCUGUGGCCAGGAGAAGAGCAGACCUUGGAAGUCAGAAGGAGCUGGAGCCAGGAUGCAAAGCAACUGUAAUGGUCUGAGCGGAUUUAUUGACAGUGAAUAAAGGGCAUGAAGUCCCAAGCCAUGAAGUCCUGGGCCUCUUGUGCCAAGAUGGCAAGGAGACUAAGGUGCUAUUGCUUUAGGGGCCCACCAUAGGUAGGCCUGGUCCCAACCACCACACUCUAGCAUGUGGAGUGAGGGUUGGGGGUAGGCAGGCCGGGCAACCUGUUGGCAGGUGGGAAAGGGAAAAGAAUGAAGGGCUGGGAAGUGGAAGGGGCUCCUCCUGAGGUCCCUCAGCCCAGGACUGUGUGACUCUGGAUGGAAGUAGAGCUGGUCCCUCAACUGAGGGGCAGUGUUGUCCAGUGGAGGGGAGAGCCUUCAUGGCUAUCCAUACCCUGGCAAUGCCUGCUGGUAAUCCACCGGCACAGUGAAGACCAAGUCUUGGAAGAAAGGAAGGGGAACAGUGUUGCUUUCUGGUCAAGCUCUGAUCUUCCUGUACUCCUGGAGGACACCAAUGCCCACUUCCCACCACCAGCCAAGGAAUCUAUAACACACGCUAAGCUUAUAGUUCACCCCAAGGGCUCAGGGAGUUGAUGGGCUUGAGUGAUUUAGGUAGAGGCUGGAAGGGUGAGAUUACCUGAUCUUGAGCUCAGGGAGACUCGCCUCACAUACCCCCUGCUUCUGGUGGUAGACACUCCUGAGAGAAGGGGAAGUAUUCAGUGGGAACAGGAGGUGGAUCAUAUAAAUGUUGCCCAGAGUGGGGACAGUCAGAUGUGUUCACCAUUGCCCAAUGCAGCCCUGGCCAUGUCUUCAUACCUCCUGACCUGAGGUGUCCAGUUUGGUUGGCUGUCCAUUUGCCUCUUGACUAGGCAGCCCUGGGCUUGGGCCUCUCCCUCUAGUGCUCAAGUUCAGUUCUGCAGAGGUUCCAGGGGUCCCCUCAAGUGUACAAGGGACUAGGCUGACAUCCUUGAGUCCUCCGUUCUGCACUGGGUGGGUGGCUGCGGCCUGGGAGGGUGGUGCCUCGGGGAGCAGCCUCUCAGUGGCAGCGGACCCUACCCUAGGCUGCCCUCCCCCAGCUGCCUGACUACCCCCUGGUUCCUGAACCCCACCAGAGCCCCAGCUUCUGUCUAUAGGGGAACCAUCACGAUGUUCGUGUAGGCCAUAGCGCUUCUCGAUGUGUGUCACUCGGAAUCUGUGUGGGAAGAGAACAUUGCAACUUAGGGGUUACCUAAACCUCCCUCCCUGGGGCUGAUGGCAGCUUCUCUGGCCUCGGGUAGGGAGGCCUCCUGAGAUUGUAGGAUGCUCUGUAUAGAAUGACCCCAGUCAUUCAGAGGAAAGAAUUGGGUCCCACCUUUGUGAAGGACGGGAUUAUGGGGGCCCCAUCCUUUUUCUUGGACAAAUGUAUACCCACCUGCCCACUGAGAAUACAGUGGUCUCUCCAGGUCUGGGGCGGCCUUUUCCUUCCUUAGAACGACCCUGACGGACAAGUGGGGGCCUCUUGCUGCGGCUGCAGUGAAUGCAGGGAGCUGCAGAGCCAAGAUGCACUGUGUGAUGAUGGGAAGGGGCUCCGUCCUGCAGGCUGGAGGUGGCAUCCACACUGGACCACAGCAAGGAAGGGAGCAGAAAUGAUAUGUUUAUUUUCCUUCCUGCUGUCUCCCCCUAUUCUUUCAAUAUGCUCUUUAAAGCUCCAAAACCCUUCCCCAGUCUCCAGCAUCCUUUUGUCUUUAAUAAAUUCAGUGUUAAGCCA